UCGGGCCACUUCGGGAGACCCAGGGCCCCAGCGUCCGGUGGCCCCUCUCCAGGGACUUCCUCCUUCUCGAAAGGUGUGCCCCAGCCUGGACAUGGCACCAGACACCUGUGGCUGCUCCCGUGGGGCCCUGCAGAGGAGGCUGCCCAUCCUGGCCUGGCUGCCUGUCUACUCUCUGCAGUGGCUGAGGAUGGACUUCAUCGCGGGGCUCUCCGUGGGACUCACAGUCAUUCCCCAGGCCCUGGCCUAUGCAGAAGUAGCUGGGCUCCCGCCCCAGUAUGGCCUCUACUCUUCCUUCAUGGGAUGCUUCCUGUAUCUCUUGCUGGGCACCUCCCGGGACGUGACUCUGGGCCCCACGGCUAUCAUGUCCCUCCUGGUGUCUUUCUACACUUUCCAUGAGCCCGCCUACGCCGUGCUGCUCGCCUUCCUGUCCGGGUGUAUCCAGCUGGCCAUGGGGUUCCUGCGUUUGGGGUUCCUGCUGGACUUCAUCUCCUGCCCUGUCAUUAAAGGAUUCACUUCAGCUGCCACCAUCACCAUUGGCUUUGGACAGAUCAAGAACCUGUUGGGAUUGCAGAACAUUCCCCGGUACUUCUUCCUCCAAGUGUACCACACCCUCCUGCACAUCAGGGAGACCAGGGUGGGUGAUGCUGUCCUGGGGCUGUCCUGUAUGGUGUUGCUGCUUGUGCUGAAGCUGCUGCGGGAACACAUGCCUCCUCCCCACCCUGGGACGCCCCUUGUUGUGAAGUUCAGCCAUGGGCUGGUGUGGACUGUCACCACAGCUCGCAACGCCUUGGUGGUCUCCUUUGCGGCCCUGAUUGCGUACUCCUUCGAGGUGACAGGACACCAUCCUUUCGUCCUGACUGGAAAGAUAGCUGAGGGACUUCCUCCUGUGCGGGCCCCACCCUUCUCGGUGACCACAGACAAUAAGACCAUCUCAUUCCCUGAGAUGGUGCAGAACAUGGGGACUGGACUGGCUGUGGUACCUCUGGUGGGCCUCUUGGAGAGCAUCGCCGUGGCCAAAUCCUUUGCUUCUCAGAAUAACUACCGCAUCGAUGCCAACCAGGAGCUGAUGGCCAUCGGCCUCACCAAUGUGCUGGGCUCCCUCGUCUCAGCUUACCCAGUCACUGGCAGCUUUGGGCGGACAGCUGUGAAUGCCCAGACUGGGGUGUGCACCCCAGCGGGGGGCCUGGUGACUGGUGUGCUGGUACUGCUGUCUCUGGACUACUUGACCUCGCUCUUCUCCUACAUCCCCAAGUCUGCACUGGCUGCCGUCAUCAUCAUGGCUGUGGCGCCGCUGUUUGAUGCCAAGAUCCUCAGGACGCUCUGGCGCGUUAAGAGGCUGGAUCUGCUGCCACUCUCUGUGACAUUCCUGCUGUGCUUCUGGGAGGUUCAGUACGGCAUCCUGGCCGGCACCCUGCUGUCUUUGCUUAUUCUCCUGUACUCUGUGGCUAGGCCUAAGACCCAGGUGUCAGAAGGUCACAUUCUUGUCCUGCAGCCAGCCAGUGGCCUGCACUUCCCUGCAAUCGAUGCCCUACGAGAGGCAAUAGUGACCCGGGCACUGGACGCAUCCCUACCACGCUGUGCGGUCCUGGAGUGCACGCAUGUUAGCAGCAUAGACUACACCGUGGUUGUGGGACUUGGUGAGCUCCUGGAGGAUUUCCAGAAGCGGGGUGUCGCCCUGGCCUUCGUAGGCCUGCAGGUGCCUGUGCUUCGAACACUGUUAGCCGCUGACCUGAAGGGGUUCCAGUACUUCACCACUCUGGAGGAGGCCGAGAAAUGCCUGCAGCAGGAACCAGGACCUCAGCCCCACACCAUCCAUGAAGACUGUCCAGAGCACAGGAUCUCCCUGCGCAAGUCUUAGCCCGGCGCCUGAAGGGCAGCUGGGGUAGGGCCAGCCCCAGGAAGGUCACUGUGACUUGAUGUUGAUUUCACCAGACUGACAAACCCACCAACCUGGUGGGACUGAGAAGGAGCCGCACAGGUGGCUCUGGAAAAGAGCAGGAGGCUGGUGGGAUCCCUAGGUGUGACAUUCCUGCUGUCUCCAAGCUGUGAGAAUUUGAGGGGUUGGGGUGGGGAUGAAGACUCAUCUUCCAGAGAGAGGGGCCAGGUGAGACAGGAAGAUCAUGGUUCCUGGCCUGGCUGGGCUGCCGGGGGCAAACUGGUGCUUUCCAGAUCCUGAACUCCUCUUCGGAACCAGGCUCUGUCAGAGAAGAGUCAGGACAGAUCAGGCAUCUAGAUCAGAGAUGUGUCUGACAAUGGUGCAGGACCCAGGCCAGUGCGUACACAUGGUGGCCUCUUAUGUGACCAAAUCAUUACAUCAAGGAGCUUUGUCGAUUGUCUUCCCGAAGUCAUUUACUGUGAGUUAUUUAUUGUGAUGAUCAAUGGUAUUAAAAUACAAGAUUUUUAUU